AUGCUGAGAGGCGACAAGGUCAAUGUCAAGAGCAUCCCAGAGUUCGCCAUCGACGCCGUGCAGUCUGCUUAUGUGGGCAAGCAAUUGGAGCUUCCUUUCGGACGGCCUACCGAACCUCGCUCAGCGGCAACUCUUGCCAUGCUCUGUGACCAGAUAGACUAUCAAGCACAGGCUUUCAACCCUGACAUUCUUCUGGCGAUGGGACACUGGACGGUGUCUGCGCAGAUCGAGCAAAGUUUAACACCACUCCACAACUCUGGCGGCGUUACUCCUGGCGGUAUUACCCGCCGUGACUGGGAGUCUGCUAUCCACGCAGUCAUUCCGCGAGAGAACUGGCCCGAGGAUGCGGCAUUUGGCAGCUUUUCGCGCGUGGACAUUUCUACACAAGAGCUGCGAUUCAUUGUGCGAGGGAAGAUGGUGUCGAUCGCUCGCAAGCAGGGCAUGUUGUGGUCGGUAAUUAUCGACUCCACUUACAAUAGCAACUGGACGCUUUAUUCGAGGCGCGAGGCAAGAGUGUACGAUGCUCUUAUCCAUUCCCACUUCACCAUGCCGUUUACCAACCCAUUUGCGGACGUCGGCACCGAGACCAUAGAGUUCCUUCAGAACUCAAGCAAGCAGGGCCGAAUCCAGGCUCUCGGCUGUGCUAUGCGCUGUAGCAGGCAGAUCUAUCCAGACUCCACGGCUCAAAUAUUCAAGGAAGAAAACCUUCUUACCAUUGACAGAUUCGAAUAUGAGCAAAACUGGGUCGAACUCUCGCCGGUCAAAGUCACGGCUGAGCGUAUGCGCAAGAGGGGUGUCGAAUCGAUCUCAUUCAUGCCGGUGGAACGUCAGACGUCUGGAGAUCGCCGCUUUAUGGAAAACAUGAACAACCUUCGCAGUGCGCAUCCGCGCAAUGGACCUAUCCAUCCCAACCUGAUCAUCAAAGGUCCUGAUGGUUUGACUGCUACCCAGGAUCUCUUCCGUACUUGGGCGCUGUUCUGGGAAACUCAAUAUAUAUUUGUUACCAUAUAUGUAUUGCAGAAGAGAGUUUCCCCUGAGCUUAUGGCGAAUCCAUUCUUCCGGUAUUUCAUAAGAUGGAAUGGUCGGAUGGACGGAUACUUCUUUGGCCCUAUUGCGAAUGCUGCAUCGGCUGCGGCAAGGGACCCAAAUUCCCCACAGUUUGACGCAAAAGUGCGUGACUUCUGGGAUUUAAACCACACAUUGGCACAGGGCAAGCAGAAUAUGGGUGGACGAGCAGAUCAUGAAGACUUGGUGAAGGCAUGGCUAAUGAACAGACAGCGGAAUGCCGCAUAAGGUACGGCAUGAAUGGGCAAUUAGGGAAGG